GUUGAUUCGAACUGUUGUGGUCAAGAAACAUGACGCUACCGAUGAGACACAGCUCAAUCUCAAGGUCAAUGACAUUGUCAUUGUGAUGGAAAAGGAUGAGACCGGCUGGUGGGGAGGGCACAAGGAGGGCGAGGAAGCUACUGGAUGGUUUCCAGGAAUAUGUGUUCAACCACUUGAAGGUUAUGAUCCACGGGGGAGUCGACUGCACUCGCCGGGUUCCGUCGAGCCGGAUGCGGAGAGACAUGUCAAUGAUGAUGGCACUCGCAGGAGCGCAGUGGAAACUGGGAAUUCCAGCCCAGUUCGGCGCAGCUACGCCGUUGCAUCACCACAGCGAACCAGUUCAGCUUCUGCGAAAGGCAGCCGUGACGGUUACAUGGACUCCCAUGCACAGAUGUUGGAACAUCACAACAGAUUGGUCGAAGAUCGACAGGCGCUGCUCCUGCAGGUGGAGCAACUGCGACAAGAGAACCUCAAUUUGGAGGAGAAGCUGCGCAGGCAGAGCGACUGUGACAGACGAAGAUACUCGCAACUGGAGGAAAGCUUCGUCCACUUGGAGGCGAAAAGCCGGGAGCAAUUUGCCGAACUCAAGGCCACCAGGGACCACAAGAACGAGCUGAGCGAAGUGAACAGCCAGCUCCAGAAGCAACUGCAG